AUCGCACUGCAUCGCGAAUACACCCCCGGGGGUCGCACCUCGACCAACAUCGUGCCGGAGCUGCUGGCAAUCAUCCUGUCGAUGACCAUCGUGAUGAUUACCGCCGUGGCCAUCGUCAAGGAGCGCGAGCGCGGAAUCAUGGAAAUGCUCAUCUUCACCCCCGUGCGUCCUGCCGAGGUGAUGCUGGGCAAGAUAUUGCCCUAUGUACUGGUGGGCUAUGUGCAGACCGCCGUGUUCAUGCCGACCGCCUUUGCCGUCUUCAACGUGCCAUUCACUGGCAGCUUCCUGGCCUUUUUCUAUGGGUUCAACCUAUUCGUGCUGGGCAAUCUGGCACUGGGCUUUCUGAUCUCGACGCUGGCAAGCAACCAGAUGCAAGCGAUCGGCACCGCAGUCUCGGCCACGCACUUCAUCCAGCUGAUCCGCAAGGUGAUGCUCAAGGGUGCCGACACACCGGACGUGUCACCGGAACUGGCGGCGCUGGGGGUGAUCGUCCUGGUGAUUAGCCUCAUGGCCAUGCUGCGCUACCGGCAGACGCUGGACUGA